GCUGCUGCUGCCCUCCCCGCUGAUCUGCCUGCGCUGGUCGACGUGACGGCACACGGGCUGGGGCUGCUGUGUGCUGCGCUGCAAGCCUGCGUGGCGGCCGUGGUGCUCAGGCCGCCUUCGCCACCCGCCGUCCCCGCCCUGCAGCUGGUCGGCCCCUCUGCCGCGGCGCUGGAGGACCUGCUGACGUCGUGUGCCAUACUGUCCGAGAGCUGCCUGGACAUGCCGGCGCACGGCGGGGUGCGGCGGCACAUGGCGCGAGCCCUCGCCUACGCCGCACCGACAGUGCAGGAGCUGCUGUCGGGGCUGCAGGAGGGGGUGGUGGCGCCGGUGACACCCGGGCGGCUAGCGCGCACCAUGAGUCAAGCGGCGGAACAGCGGCAGCAACAGCAGCAGCAUGAGGAGGAGGAGGAGGAGGGGGAUGAUGAUGAUGAUGAUGAGGAGGAGGAGAGGCGGUCUCCGCGGGAGGUUCGCGCGGCCCUGGCUGCGGCCGCGAGGCGGGCGCUGCGGGCGCUGCAGCGCAUACCCGUGUUAGAUGUGGCGCUGCUGCCGCGGCCCAAGCCGCCCGAGGAGGAGGAGGCCAGGGAGCCCGCUCCGCAGCCGGCAGCCGCCGCCCCUCGGAAAGGACGUUCUCACAGCAACGGCUCCAAGCGCGGUGCCGGCGGUCAGCCCGCCUCCGCUGACGAGCCGCCGUCCACCCAGUCCCCCGCCUCCGCCAGCAAGCGCCAGCGUACCUCCUCCGCUGCAGCUGCCUCCCAAGCCGCCGCCGCUGCCGCUUCUGCCGCUGCUGCGGCCACCAACACCAUCGCCGCCGCCGCAGCAGCAGCGGCAGCAACGACAACCAUGACAGCGGCUGGCGAUUUCCAAUAUCAAGACGUACCGCCGCCGCAGCAGCAACGGAUGCAGCAGCAGCUACAGGCAGCAGCGGACGUUGCAGGUGCCGGCAAUGGAGCCGCAGCUGCCGGGCAGACCAUGACCCGCGCCCGCUCCUCCUCCCUGGCGGCUGCGGCAGCAGCAGCUGUGGUUGAGUUGGCACAGCAGGCGGCAGCAGCAGCUAAGCGUGAAUCGGCGCAGCGGGGGGCAGCAGCAGCUGUGCUUGAGCCGUCGCAGCGGGCGGCAGCAGCUGCUGCCGCUAGCGUCCUCGCCCCUCCUACCGAGAAAGAUAUCCUCGCUGCUAUUGCAGAGGUUGAACAAGCACACCCUUCCCAUCAAGUAUCCGACGUUGCUGCAGUAGCAGCAGCAGCAGCAGCGGACGCCGCGCCUGGACGGAAAGGGGAAUUAGGAGGGCCGGCGGCAGGCGGGGCGGCGGCCAACAAGGAUGCGGCGGCGGCACCGCCAGCCGAGGUGGCGGCCACGGCGGUUGGGUUGCCGCCAUACCGAGCACCCUCUUCGGGAACUGCAUCACCGCAGCCUCCGCUGGCCUCUCAAGCAGCAGCAGCAGCAGCUUCCGACUCGGGGUGCGGGCAGCAACGUCAUCCGAGCAGCCGCACCGGAGACGGCACCGGGGGCCAGGCCGGCGGUGGCAGCGGCGGCGGUGGCGGUGGCGGCGGUGGCGGCGGGCAGCGUCUCACUGUGGCCGACUUCAAGGCCAGGUAUAACGAGAUGAGGAGUCAAAACGCGCAACUGGUUUCGCAGCUCGAGGAGCAGAGGCGCGCAUGUGCAGCAGCGGAGGCAGCACGUGCGGAAUCCGAGUCAGCGCGCACGGCUGCUGACAAGGCGUGCGCGGAGAGUGAAGAGGCACGUUGUGCCGCGGAAGCGGCGCGGGUGGCUGCGGUGCGGGCGCAGCAGCAGGCGGAGGAGGCGCGGGCAGCGCGGGAGGCGGAGGUGGCGGAGCUGCGUGCGGCGCUGGCUGAGGCGCGGGCGGCGCUGCAGGCGCGGGAGGCGGAAGCGGCUGCGCGGGAGGCGGAGUUGGUGCGAGAGCGGGAUGAGCGGCAGCGGUUGCAGCGGGAACUGGAUGAGCUGGCGGAUAUGGAGCUGUGAGGGGGGGGGCGAAGAAGGAAGUGAGAAGAAUACUUAAUGAGAAGGUUCCCAAUGGCUGGAACCCCACCCGAGACCCGACCCAGACAUCAUCGGACUGUCUUACGUGGUGGGGCUGUGAGGGGCGGGUGCAGAGGGAAACGCGACAAACUUGCUGGGAGAGGGACAUGACGUGCGGGUAGAGCUGUUUAGGGCUGAGGCUUGCCAUAGCAGGGUGUGCUAGCUGGUGUGUUGGUGUGUUGCAGGCUGAGACUGUGUUGGCGGCUGGGUGCAGGAUGCGGAUGCGUUGGGAGGGGGAGUGAGGAGGAGUGGGGAGAGUGUCAUUGCGUGAGCAGAGGAGGGAGGCAGAUCGGGUACAUUCUUGGACACAUGGCGGGUAACGUGGGGGCCUUUGGGGGCACUAGGGGAAGAGAGAAGGGCAAUGCGUGGAGAGACAUGCACUCACGGUUGAAAUCUUGCACAGGAAUUGACAUCCAUUAAAAGUGAGGCUUAUGCAAGGUGACCGGCACACCACGGCUGCUUAGGUUGUGUUGAUGGUAAUUCCAUGCACUGUUGGGCAAAAGCUCACUAUUGCAUGACUUCGUUGGCGUGGCCAGGCAGGGGCCCCUUUAUGCCCAUUAUGGAAAGGCAAGCAUGAAAUCUGCCCCAAAGGAGGCGACAGCGUUUGGAGUAAUGCUAAUUGGGCCCCCGUUUCUUAUUACUCAUACCGUGUAUCCAGUUUCCUUUACAGACAAUUUAGUAGGCUUAACCACUGCCGUGUCUUGGGAACACACUGAUUUGUAAGAAAUUAUGACUUGCCAUGACAAACACAAC